CGCGCACUGUCUAUUAUUGCAAUUUCUACUCCUUUACAUCACGUUUUCGGUAGGGGGUACCGUUUACAAGUCCGCAGCCUCGUCGGAUCCCCUGUCAGUCGGGUACUAGCAUUAGUACUGCAAACUUUUCCAUCUCUUUCGAUCUAGCUGACAAUUUGAUCAAAUUAUUUAAAGGAGAAAUCGGGUAAGCGGUUCUUUGGUUGUUUAAUUUCCUUUCGUUAUUACGCGCGCAACGAUGGAUGAGAAACAUCAGGCCCCCGAGUCCGUCGCAUCUGUAACUAUCAAACCGGACUAUCCACCAUCUGAGUAUUGUGCUUCUGAACCACCACCGGCCUAUCACAGACCACAAAGUUCAGCAGUUCAAGUAGCAAAAAUUAUCGCAGUAACCGUAGUUGUAGUUUCCUUUGUGCUAGGCUGUUUCAUUUUGGCCUCCGCUUACGUCACAGCUACAUCGUCUUGUAGACAAUUGGAACAGGAUCUGGAACUACUCAGUGAAGUUGCCGAUAGAUUCGAUGGACCUAAUGACGCACCGCUACAGCCUCAGGCUUUGGUACAGGACGAACCAAAACACAACAAACGUCAAUCACUCUCUGAAGAUGCACCAAAGAAAAACACCAAAGACAUAGACGACAAUUCUGUCGAUAGCUCAGAUAGCAGCAGCAGUGACUCGUCUGCUUCAAGUGAUUCUGAAGAAGAUCGUAAAGUUCAUUUCAAAUUACCCUUGCAGUUGGACUUUGACGAUUUGGCCGGAACUUUGAUUGCCAAAAACCAAAGGUCCAAAAUGAACUGCAUCGUAGAAAAGAAACGUGCAGAAGAAGUCGUUGAUCAUCAACCCAAAACUAUUAGAUUGCCUUUCGGUGUCAACCUGACCACUGACCCCAGAUACGAAAGACUUAGUGGUGAAAGAAUGGUUAUCAUCUGUGAAAGCGGAAACAUGCAAAGUGCUGAACCUCCAAAACCAGAAAAACCACAAUCAGAUGAAGAAGACGACAGUGAUGAUGACAACGAACAAGAAACUAUCAUGAUCCAACCAGUGAUGAUUCCAAUCCCACACACGGCUUUCCAAACCCAUAUGCCCCAGCAAAUGCAACCCCAAGAACAGCCUCGUUUCCAAAUCCGUCCGGUCCGCCCAAUGGAAGGAAUGAGACCACCAAUGGUACCAAUGAGACCUCCAAUGGAAAACAUGAGACCACCAAUGGAACAAUUUAGACCAAAUAUGGAACAAUUCAGACCAAAUAUUGAACAAUUCAGACCAAAUAUGGAAGGUAUGCGCCCACCGAUGAGGCCCAUCGAAGUAAGGCCAAUGAUGGAACAACCCAGACCACCAAUUGAAAGAAUUAUUGCUAUCAGACAAAACUUCGAGCCUGUCAGUCAGUCAUUGGAUUCGCAGCAAAGGUCUGAAGAAGUUGAACAACAGAGACCUGAAAUGAUGUUUGUUCCACAACAAGUUCAAAUCCAUGUCGAGCCUCAGCAACAACCUCAACAACAGCAGCAGCCUGAUAACAGUCCCAACCCAAUCAUUCAACACAUAAUCCAACAAAUUAUCACUCAAAAAAUCAUGGAAGCCCGUGAAAAAAACCCUCAACCUCCAGUAUUCCAAGUACCUCAAGAAAGGGCGCAACAAAUGCCACAAGUAGCCCAAAGGAUGCCUCCUAAUUUCCCACUUCCCGAGGAAGUUUUGACUCAAUUAAACAGACUGCCUCACAAUGACCGCGUUAUUGUUGCCGUCCACGAACCCGAAUCUUCCGAAGAAGACUCGUCUGAUGAAUCUUCUGACGAAAGUCAAGAAAUGCAACAAACUCCAGCUCCAGAUAACAACAGGCAAGAAUAUGUGAGAAGGUUGCCUGUGAACAUUCCUGUGAAUAUGAUGCAACAACAGGUGCCUGAACAAGAGGAAACACAGACUGCUGCUUCUGAGGAAGAAACUCGUCCACACUAUGUCCAACCCCGCUCUGUCUCAGUCGAAGAGCCAAAAUCCAGAGUUGCCAGAUCAGUCAACCCAUUGCUUCCAGAAAAGAGAGUGAAACGUUGUGCUUGCGACUGUGCCUGCUAAACUAGGAUCAUGCGCUCUUAAAAUUUAACAUCACAAUAAUGAGUUUUUACUAAACAACAGAAUAUAUAAAAGCAAAAAAUAUUAUAAUAAUAUUAAAGUAGAUUAUAAUUAGUUGUAGAGGUACUUAGAAAGCUUUCUUUGAGUUAGGGCAGCUUAUUUUUCAAAAAAAAGUUGUAAAUAAAAUAACUUGAGUACCAAUUUAAUGCAUUUAUUAGUAUUUUUCUAAUAAUAAUAUUAAUAAUUUUUAGGUGUUAUUGUUUUUGUCUUUAGUGAUAUGUAUAUAGAAUCUCUAUAUGUAUACAUAACUACAUAUAUUUUUUGGUCCCUGUGAAUGUGUGAUAGGACGUCCCGGUUUAUUUUUUGUAAAAAUCACAGAAAUCUUUUUUCAAUAAAAUAAAAUUUAUUUUUGGAAUCACUGUUUAUUGUGUUUUUUAUUACAGGUAGUCCUUAUGUAAGUAAGUACCUACCCAGAAUUUUUAAAUUAACUUAAAAACUUUAGGAAAAACAAUAAUUUAUAAAAAUUAUUUCCAGUACCUAUUAACGAUAAUAAAAACCAAAUCCUAAUUUAUCGAGUUAAGCUGUCCAUUAUUUUAAUAUUAACCACAUGACUUUUUCAAAUAAGCUAUCAAAUCCUUCCUUUCUUGUUCCUUCUUCAGUCCAGCAAAAACCAUCUUUGUCCCAGGCAUAAACUUUCUUGGGUCCUUGAGAUAUUCGUUUAAAUUUUCCUCAGUCCACUUCAUCCCCUUAUUCUUGUUGGCAUCAGAAUAUGUGAAAUUGGGAGACUGGCCAGUAUUUCUGCCAAUAAAUCCAUGUAGAUUAGGGCCCACUUUGUGCUUACCACCUUUUUCUACCGUGUGGCAUUGGGAGCAAGAUCUUUGAAAGAUUUUCAGACCUUUGUCUGCAUCACCCAUGUUUGUGUUCACUGUUCUCAAUUAUUUUUGACGGAAAAUUUUGACAAAUGUGCCUAACAACAUCU